AUGAAGUCUUCUAUUGUGCUUGCUGUGCUUCUUAUCCCGUUGGUGGCAGCUCAAGUUCCUCAUUGGGGUCCGUGCCCUGAGCCCUCCGUGCAGCCGGCGUUCAACCUUAAACAGUUCAUGGGGAGAUGGUUUGAGAUUGCCAGACUGCCAGCUCAGUUUGAGAAAGGACGCUGCAUCGAGACCAAUUUCACCAUGAAGUCCGACAGUUCCAUUCGAGUGGUCAGCUCUGAAAUCUUCAAAGGGGAAAUCAAGAGAAUCGAAGGCACUGGUGUGACUGAGGACAUGAAGCAUCCUGCUAAACUGGGCAUAAGUUAUUCUUACGUGCUGCCCUACACUCCGUACUGGAUCGUCUCCACUGACUACGUGAACACGGCGCUGGUGUACUCAUGCACGGACGUCCUGCGGCUCUUCCACGUGGACUUUGCGUGGGUCCUGAGCCGGAGCCGCACUCUGCCCGAGGCCACGGUGCAAAAAGCCCGAGAGACCUUCGAAAACAACAACAUCGACACCACGCGCAUGAUCAUGAGCAAACAGCAGGGGUGCGACAAGGAGCUGUGA